CAAAAAAAAAACCACCUCGUAACCACCAGGACGGAAGUGUUGGACGUUCUCACGCUGCACAACAAGUGGUUUAGUCAAAAGCGGUUCUGGUUCCUCCAGAGGCGACGCAAACAAUGGCAGUUCCCGUAGCUGCGUUACCGCUGAGCGCCUCGUCCAGCCCGGGUCUGCUGGAGCACAACAUCCACAUCAGCGACAUGGAUCUCGGGAGGAUUCCAGGCGACAGUGACAUCGACAACCUGCCUUUACACUCGCCGUGGACCUUCUGGCUCGACAGAUCUCUACCAGGAACAACAGCUGCUGAGUGUGAAUCAAACUUGAAGAAAAUCUACACCGUGGAGAGUGUCCAGAACUUCUGGAGAGUUUACAACAACAUACCCGGUGUCUCCAGCUUACCACUGAGAUGUAGCUAUCAUCUGAUGAGAGGAGAAAGGAAACCACUCUGGGAAGAAGAAAGCAAUGCUAAAGGUGGUGUUUGGAAAAUGAAAGUACCCAAAGAGAGCACUUCUUCUGUAUGGAAGGAGUUGCUGCUGGCUACCAUUGGAGAACAGUUCAGUGAUUAUUGUCCCUCAGAUGAUGAAGUAGUCGGUGUCAGCGUCAGUGUGAGAGACAGAGAAGACAUCGUUCAGGUCUGGAAUGGAAACGCUUCCUGUGCUACUGAUUCAAACAUCUUAGGAAGGAUCUACGAGCUUCUUCCACAAAUACCUUUCAAAGCAGUGUUUUACAAACCACAUGAGCAACACCACGCUUUUGAAGGAGGUCGAUCAAGACAUUAGCACAUUUUCUACACCCGAACCCUCCAGACACACAAUAUUUUUCCUUGCUUACGAACGUGUUGCGGACUGUGAUACAUCGGCAAAUUUUGAUGCUGUUGAGUUCAUAGUUGCUUAAUGUAUCAUCUUAAUUACCUCAAAUGGAGCCCAUGUAUUAUGAAGCUCAGCCGAUGCAGUUUCACAUCUUCUGAGCACUACUGUCAUUCAUACUGAUUUCCCAAAUAACUUUUAUUUUAGCUAAAAGCAAAAACAAUUUUAGUUUCAUUUUAUCAAUAGUAGUUUUUAUAUGUUUUUAUACUGCAUAGUUUUGCAAAAAACCUUUAAUGAAAACAGCAGAUCAUUGUUUAGAUGUAUUAACAACAAUAUCAUCGACCUGCAGAGCUGGAGCGCCCCUUGUCCCUGCCCCCACCCACCGUUUUAGACCUUUUUUACUUUAUACUUAUUGUCUGUGUUUUUAAAGGAAACACAAACUUUAAGAGCAUUUGUUUGACCUUUAUUUGGGCAGACAGCCAAGGAAAUCUGAGUGACGGAUUUCGAGUGCUGCUUAAAGCCGUUCACGAUUAUGCCACCAGUGUCUCAUAGAGUGGUAAAAUUCAGUUUCAGCCUAGAUGAUGUUAAUAUGAAUUCUCAGUUUCCUUUUCUUAGUGGGUCUGGAGCUUGUGCCUGUGUAAGUCUAAAACGGUAGCUGGCAUGGCUCACACACGUGUUGGUCUAAAACAGUGGGGGACAGAGCCUCUCUGGCUGAGUAUGUGUCUGAGUCUGUACUAAAGUAUAUUUUGAGCAGUUUUUUGAGCACAGAUAAAGCCUGGCCUCCAAUAUAAAUACUUUUUUUUAUCUAUAAGUAGAGAACUAGUUCCACAAAGCAAAGCUUUACCUUAACAAUACAUUACAAGGCUUUUCUAGUCAGCUCUCUUCUCUGUUUUGUAUGUCACAGCCAAAACACUGUUGCCUAUACAAGAGAACAUAAAUAUUUAGUUUGCUGUAAUGCUAAUAUGUGAACAGAAAAUUGCACAUUCUUUUUUAAUUGUUUUCUUCGUUAGGUAAUGAGUGAGUUAUUAGUAGAAUAUGUUUUUGUCACGUUAAAAUGACCUCAGUACACAAACUAUCAUGAGUAGAUGCUGAGAAAUAUAUGCAAUCAUUUCUAUUCUGUAGAUCAAACUUGCAGUGUUGUGGAUGUCCCAAAUAAAGCACUUUGUUUCUUACUGUAACUGUAUAUGACAUCAGAGAGUCCCUCCAAGAUUAUAUGGAGCUGUGGCACCUGAGACCAAAUACGCUUUGGCUUUGUGUCACCUUUUUCUGAUGACGUGUAAAACAGUUUUUUGUUAUGAGUUAUGAUUUGUUUGCUUUUAGUACUAAUUAAUAUUUUUGUAUUCAUAUGACCUGUGUUAAAACCCUACAUUCGGAAAGCAGAUAAAAACUAAUUAUCUCAUGACUCAGAGAGAUCUGUCACAUGGGGCACAAAAAUAAACCUGUUGCUCUUUUGUGGGUAUUUUAAUGAGUUUGUACAAUUUGUUGAGGUCAUGCAAUCAGUGCAGCAGGGUCAAAUCUGUGUGAAACAUGUCAUCAGAUGGUUUUCCACUGCUGCUCCAAAACAAUUUCAGUGUCCCUCAAAUCCAUAGCUUGUUUUCUGUGUUCUUACAUGUAAUGGGUUGUAUAUGUGUUAAUGAAAUUUAGGAAGUUAAAGCAUUGUACAACUCACCAAAGGCGCCUUUCCUGUGUGUUUAGGUAUUAAGUGUAUGACUGAUGGGGUGAGAAUGUCGAUUAUAGGCUGCAAAGAACAGAGCAUAAUUUCUUUAGUGGUUGUAAAAAAAAAUACUGAGACAUUUUAGAGUAAUCUCAACAGAGAUAUGGAGUAUGCAUUGAAAUGCUGCUAUGAUUCAUCAAUAAAUCAAAUAUUUAAUUAUUUAAAAUGCUGGUGUCUCUGCUAAAGUCAAUUCACAGAGUUAGUUUUCGCACCACUGACUUUGCCAAGCUUUCUUUUGUCGUCUCUGUAUUUUCCUUUUUUCAUGUAAUGAUUUUUUAAACAAAUGCAGUACAUAAAUACACACAAGAGAAGAAACCACACUGUCCCCCUGCACAUAUACAGACCUUGUAACCGAUUGUUGAUCUUAGACUGUGCCUUGUGUUUACCAGCAGUUCAGAAUGUUAAUGUCACCUGUGUUCAUGUUGGCAUGUUGGACUUUUAUCAUGUGUCUCUGUUAAAUUGUACAUGUGUUUGAAAAAUAAAGUCACUGAAAGCUC